CACAGCACGGAUCUUUACAAUUCACAUUUUGAUGAUAUGUUGAUUACAAACCGUCGAUUUUCUUCGUCAAAUUGGUGAUAUUUUGCCUUGUCUAUCCGACGAGUUGAUAAAAGAUAUGGCAGAGAUCAAAGUAACACCACUUGGGGCUGGUCAAGAUGUUGGUCGGAGUUGUAUUCUUCUCACGAUUGGAGGGAAGAAUAUCAUGAUGGACUGUGGCAUGCACAUGGGAUACAAUGAUGAGCGACGAUUCCCAGAUUUCACUUACAUCAACAAAGACGGUCCUCUAACUGAAUUCCUCGACUGCGUCAUCAUCAGUCAUUUUCAUCUUGAUCAUUGUGGGGCGCUACCGUACAUGUCUGAAAUGGUCGGCUACGAUGGCCCAAUAUAUAUGACGCACCCAACGAAGGCGAUAUGUCCAAUCCUACUGGAAGACUACAGGAAAAUAACUGUGGAUAAAAAGGGCGAGACAAAUUUCUUCACAUCGGAAAUGAUCAAAUCCUGCAUGAAGAAGGUAGUAGCAGUGAAUCUCCAUCAGUCAAUACAGGUGGAUGAUGAGCUGGAGAUCAAGCCAUACUAUGCGGGCCAUGUGUUAGGAGCUGCCAUGUUUCAUGUCAAGGUUGGCCAGCAGUCUAUGGUUUACACAGGGGACUACAAUAUGACUCCAGAUCGUCAUUUAGGUGCUGCCUGGAUAGAUAAAUGUCGGCCCGAUCUCCUUAUCACCGAGUCCACCUACGCCACAACCAUCCGAGAUUCAAAACGAUGUCGCGAGAGGGACUUUCUGAAGAAAGUUCACGACUGUAUCGACAAAGGUGGCAAGGUCCUGAUUCCUGUCUUUGCCCUUGGGCGUGCUCAAGAACUGUGCAUCUUAUUGGAGACAUAUUGGGACCGGAUGAAUUUGAAAGUUCCCAUUUAUUUCUCUUUAGGAUUAACAGAAAAGGCCAACCACUACUAUAAGUUGUUCAUCACAUGGACAAACCAGAAAAUCCGACAGACGUUUGUCCAGCGGAAUAUGUUUGAUUUCAAACACAUCAAGGCGUUUGAUCGUUCCUAUAUAGACAAUCCAGGAGCAAUGGUUGUGUUUGCUACACCCGGCAUGUUGCACGCUGGUCUGUCACUGCAGAUAUUCAAACGCUGGGCACCUUGUGAAAAUAAUAUGGUGAUCAUGCCAGGGUACUGUGUUGCGGGCACUGUUGGCCAUAAGAUUCUCAACGGAGCGAGAAAACUUGAGUUGGAAAACAGACAAACACUGGAUGUGAAACUCUCUGUGCAAUACAUGUCAUUCAGUGCCCAUGCUGAUGCCAAGGGAAUCAUGCAGCUUAUCCGACAGUGUGAACCAAGGAAUGUCAUGCUUGUCCACGGAGAGGCUGCAAAGAUGGACUUUCUCAAGGAAAAAAUUCAGCAGGAAUUCAAAAUUGAUUGCACAAAGCCAGCAAAUGGAGAGACAGUCAUUAUUCCCACAUUUCACAACAUACCAGUUGAUGUGUCUCUGAAGCUACUUAAGAGGGAGGCAGAAAUAGCAUGUUUAAAGCCUCCAGAUCCAAAGAAGCCGAGAGUAAUGCAUGGUGCUUUAGUAAUAAGAGACAAUGGGCUUCAGCUAGUCGACCCAAGCCAGGCCCUAUCUGAACUUGGAUCACAGGAGCAUCAGAUCAGAUUCACAUCGACUGUUGUGCAGGAGGACCCAGUGAAGGAAAGCAUCCCUAGAUACCUCGAGAAACUCCAUCAGCUAUUGAAAGGAAAACUAAAAGACUACGGUGUUACACUGUCCUCAGAUGGCUCCAUCAGCAUAUCGGACUCUGUCUUGGUGAAAGUCUCUGGAGACGAGGAUGAAAAGGAGAUUCUUGUUUCGUGGUCGUAUCAAGAUGAGGAACUAGGAAGCUAUCUACUGCAGCUGCUUUCACGAUACUCAUCAUGAGGUUGGGAGAUUUUCCCACAUAGCAUAAGGUUGUGUCAUUGUUUGUACUACUUGAGGUGCUAUGUGUUGUCUCGAGACACAAACGUUUUAUUCUGUGGACCAGCGGUGUACAUCAAUCCUGAAGUCUUCUCCUUUGAAGAAUGGAUGCACGUACACAACGCUGGUAGAUCGGCAUGACUGUAGACAAAAGUACACUUGUUAUCCUGUAAUUUAUGUUUGUCAAUACCGCUAGGCCACAAAAAUUUCAACCCUCAAUAUCGACUUCAUCUCGACCUCAUUUGUACGUGCACGAUCAAUGGACUUGUCCUUCCUGUGACUUAACUACUCUAUCAUUGGCGAUCAAUAUUACAAAUAGUAGGGGGUAUUUGAUCAAGAUAUUGGUGAUGGUCCAUGACUGGACAUUUAGUGCAUUUAUUGUUUUUUCUGCCGAAAGAGGAUGUGCUACGACAAAGUAAAUAAUAACCGUGUGCUUGUUUUGGAUGGAAUCAUGUGUACAUAUCCAUUUGUAUUGUAAAUAAAUCCACUUUUUGUAAAUAAGUCGUUGUUUAUUGAUCAUCUGAGUGGGCUUUAAAUAGCUGGAUUGUUUUGCCUAUGUUUUACAACAUGAGAGAUGACAGACUUCUAGCUCCAUGUUCAUUCAUAUAGGCUACCAUGAACGUGUUCAUGCAAGUCAUCCAAUGUCGUCUUGGAAUUCAAUCCCAUGAUUGAUGUAAUAGGCCCGUGAUUAUAAUUUAUCACAUAAUGGACUGUGUUAUACAAGUCCAUUUUGGGG